UGCUAUGCCUAUGGCUGGAUUAGUUCUAACCAGUUACCUUCGACUUUGUGGUGGAUCCCGUGAUCAUGGUCAUCACAGGGAUAGCAAAGGACAUGAUGAUGGUAGCCAGGUCCCGUUUUCCGACAGCCAUUCCUGAAAUAAUUCAUUCAUUUCAUAUUUGCACUCCCGAAUCAACAAUCGACCUUGUCCGGGGCCGUUUGAACGACUUCUGCUGCACAAUCUGCCUGAGACUGAGCGAAGACGCUGCAAAGAGGAAGGCGAUACUGUUCUCCGGCUGUGGUUCAAACCGCUGGACUGCGCUCUCCUUGCCGACAUGGAGACUUGGGUGGCAGAGUUUGUGCUGCUGCUAAUGGUGACCCUGGCGGUUACUUCUAUCCUUGGUUCGCCGUUCAAGGAGCUAGGCUCGUUCAAUGCUGAGAACCCGUCCUUCCUUUACCUUGGAAGAGAAUACCACGCAGGUCAGACUGGACACAACUGGACGCUAUUGGUUUCAUCGUUCAGCGGCAAUCCAUUCGCUAAAGAUGGCGUCUACAUAGCGCGAAAUAUCCAACAGCUGCUGUUUUCGAGCACAUCGCAAAUCCAGCUGUCCGAAGUCAGCAACAGAGUCGUGUGGCCCAACGAGUUCCGCCUUGUGCCAGAAGGUGUAUUCCCGGGAUCCGACAUAGCCAGUGCUUCAACAGGAUUCUUAGUGCCGGGCAAGACCAAAGGCUCGGUAUCGUUGUUCGACCUUGGCGCUAAUCCCAUCACCGGACCACAUGUCAUAACAUCAACGUCCAGCAGUUGGUUCUAUCACAAGAUCAUAUGGCACGAUAUGAAUGGCGAUGGUCGUAUGGACAUUCUUACAGCAAGGGCGGACAAACCUCUUCUAGGGUCAACGAAGGCCGAGCUGCUCUGGCUUGAGCAGCCGGAGUCAAAUCCGCUGGACUCCAUCUGGCAGGAGCACUCGUUGCUUGAGGGUGGUCCGGAUGUGUUCUUCAUCCUGGUGAACAUAACCAACGCAGCUGGACAGCGGGCGCCGUACCUACUCUGUGCCAACUACUUUGGUAAAGAGUUACAGCUGGUGUGGCCUCUGUUUGAUAGCAGCACUGGCCAUGUUGACUGGUCACCCAGUUCACUGCGCACAAGGAAGAUAGAUACCCUUGACGCGCCAUUUGCUCUGCACACAGUCGAUGCCAACGCAGACGGACGACUAGAUCUGGCCGUGACCGUCAACAACGAAAAGAACGGCUCGGUCCGCUUCUACGAGAUACCGGCGGACUUGACGAACGACACUGUCCCGUGGCCAAUGCACAUAGUUAGCACUGGGUACCACGCCCUCAAAGAGUCCAUCGGCCGUGGCGCGCCAGGCAGCAUAUUCCCGCUGUGCCUGCCGAACGGCCAGCUUCUGGAGAACGGCAGCUGCUCACGCUCCUCACCGGCAUCGGCAGCAGCUGCUCGCCCGUCGUUUGUGAUGUCCGGUGAUGAUGGUGGCAAUGUGUACCUGUUCAGUCCUACCGCAGAAGACUGGAAGUAUGACAGGGAGGUAAUACUGAACGUGGACGGAACUGUUGGGCAGUUGGCCAUCGCCUCCAUCGAUAGCGAACAGCAUCCAUACCAAGUCUUUGUGCCAGACUACAAUGGCCAGAAGAUACACAUUCUCUCAACUUGAUUACCGUACAAUUGUACAUUUAAAAGUUGCCUAUUAUCAUUAUUCAUAUUUUUGUGACUAGGGCUGGCCCACUUUGCCUUCUUAUGGGAUACACAGGCUAGGAAACCUAGGAUGAUGGAAGAGUUAUUUGAAGUACCUUCAAAUCCUGUCCUUCAGAUCGUCAAUUCCAGCUGCAAUUAUGACUCCCUGGUGAAAUUCGAAUUGUCGGAAGCCCUCCA